CAACAAAGGAGGAACGAAGUGAUAUCAAAACAUGAAGGGACUCGUGUUCAUCAAUUUCUUCUUACUUAUUUUGCUUGCAAACACUGUAAAAUCAAGGUACGAGCCAGGAGAUCAUCACUGGAGAAAUUUCAUCGACAACAAGUUGUUGCAUGAAGAAAUUGAAGAAUUUAUCCAUUCUGAUCCAAACUCACUUCUUUCUGAAAAGGAAACAGAAGAUUGCACCGAAACUUUGAAGCUUGAAGAUGGAAAGCUUUUCGUCAAAAAUCUCGAGCCUCGACCACAAGCUACAUUUGUCUCGGAUGUAGUCAAAACUAAACUUUUUUCUAUGGACAUAGAACCUCGACCAAGUGCAUCAUUUUAUCCCGAUGUUGUCAAAACUAAAUUUUUUUCUAUGGACAUAGAACCCCGACCAAGCGCAUCAUUUUAUCCAGACGACACCAAGAAAAAGUUUGUCGUUGAAGUUAAAGAACCACGACCAAACCUCUCAUUUUAUCCCGAUGUUGUCAAAACUAAACUUUUUUCUAAAGACAUAGAACCCCGACCAAACCUUUCAUUUUAUCCUGAUGUUGUCAAAACUAAACUUUUUUCUAAAGACAUAGAACCCCGACCAAGUGCAUCGUUUUAUCCCGACAAUACCAAGAAAAUGUUUGUCGCUGAAGAUAUAGAACCACUACCAAACCUCUCAUUUUAUCCGGAUGUUGUUAAAGUCGAACUUCUUUCCAAAGACAUACAACCACGACCAAGUGCUUCAUUUUAUCCCGAUGAUACCAAAAAAGAGUUUGUUGCUGAAGAUAUAGAACCACGACCAAACCUCUCAUUUUAUCCCGAUGUUGUCAAAACUAAACUUUUUUCUAAAGACAUAGAACCCCGACCAAGUGCAUCAUUUUAUCCUGACGACACCGAAAAAAAGUUUGUCACUGAAGAUAUAGAACCACGACCAAACCUCUCAUUUUAUCCGGACGUUGUCAAAACUAAACUUUUUUCUAAAGACAUAGAACCCCGACCAAGUGCAUCGUUUUAUCCAGACAAUACCAAGAAAAUGUUUGUCGCUGAAGAUAUAGAACCACGACCAAACCUCUCAUUUUAUCCGGAUGUUGUUGAAGUCGAACUUCUUUCCAAAGACAUACAACCACGACCAAGUGCUUCAUUUUAUCCAGAUGAUAACGAAACAAAUCUUUCUGUCAAAGAUCACAAUCACGACAACCUCAGAGCUAAAGAUUUCUGGGUUGAUGCUCACCAUGACAAAGCUGCCAAACAGGUCGUACACGCUUAAUGUUAUGUCAAAACAUGCCAUAGAAAUACACGAGAAUAAUUGAUCUCUUAAGGGAUCUACGAAUCCCUUAAGCUAUGAUCAAACGUGUUUACUGUUUGUGUAAUUUACUUUUCUGUUCAAUAAUAUUGGAAAUCUUUCCUUUCCAAAAA